AUGGGCUGCCCCUUCUCCAGGUACCUCAACUGUUGUCGAUCGCACGCAGGAACAAGUGUGGAUAAAGACUCCCUUGGGACACUUCACACACAGAAUUCGACACUUACCCCAGCAAAGGAUAAGACCGACAACAGAGGCAGCAGUAGUGAUGCAGCCAAUGGAGGAGAUGGUGGCGAUGGAGGCAAUGGUGGUGAUGCUGGUGAUGGAGGAGAUGGUGUUGAUGGUGGCGAUGGAGACAAUGGUGGUGAUCCUGAAGAUGGCGGAGAUGGUGGUGAUGGUGGCAACAGUUGUAAUGCUGCUGAUGGAAGUGAUGGUGGAAAUGGAGCUGAUGGAGGUGAUGGAGGCAAUGGCGGUGAUGCUGGCGAUGGAGGUGAUGGUGGAAAUGGAGGUGAUGGUGGAGAUGGAGGUGACGGAGCCAGUGGUAGUGAUGUUGCCAAAGGAGGAGAUGGUGGCAUUGGAGGAAAUGGUGGUGGUGCUGGUGAUGGAGGAGAUGGUGGUGAUGGUGGCAAAGGAGGCAAACGUGGUGAUGUUGGAGAUGGAGGUGAUGGUGGAAAUGGAAGCAAUGGUGAUGAUGGAGGUGAUGAUGCUGGAGAUGGAGGAGAUGGUGGUGAUGGAGGCAAUGGCGGUCAUGCUCGCGAUGGUGGUGAUGGUGGGAAUGGACGUGAUGGCGGAGAUAGAGGCGAAGGAGGCAGUGGUGCUGAUACUGGAGAUGGUGGUGAGGGAGGCAAUCGUGGUGAUGCUGGUGAUGGAGGUAAUGGUGGAAAUGGUGGCAAUGGUGGAGAUGGAGGUGAUGGAGGCAGUGGUAGUGAUGCUGUCAAUGGAGGAGAUGGUGCUGAUGGUGGUGAUGGAGGCAUUGGUGAUGAUGCUGGUGAUGGAGGAGAUGGUGGCGAUGGUGGCAAUGGAGGCAAUGGUGGUGCUGUGGGCGAAAGUGGAUAUGGAGACAAUGGUGGUGAUGGAGGUGAUGGAGGCAGUGGUGGUGAUACUGGAGAUGGAGGAGAUGGUGGUGAUGGUGGCAAAGGAGGCAAACGCGGUGAUGUUGGAUAUGGAGGUGAUGGUGGAUAUGGAGGCAAUGGUGGUGAUGAAGGUGAUGGAAGCAGAAGUGGUGAUGCUGGAGAUGGAGCAGAUGGUGGUGAUGGUGGCAAUGGAGGCAAACGUGGUGAUGUUGGAGAUGGAGGUGAUGGUGGAAAUGGAGGCAAUGGUGGCGAUGGUGGCAACGGAGGCAAACGUGCUGAUGCUGGCGAUGAUGGAAAUGUAGCCAAUGGUGGUGAUGGAGGUGAUGGAAGUGAUGGUGGAAAUGGAGGUGACGGUGAAGAUGGAGGUGAUGGAGGCAGGGGUGGUGAUGCUGGUGAUGGAGGAGUUGGUGGUGAUGGUGGCAAUGGCCGCAACGGUGGUGAUGCUGGUGAUGAGGGAAAUGGAGGCAAUGGUGGUGGUGGAGGUGAUGAAGGUAAUGGUGGAAAUGCUGGUGAUGGAGGUAAUGGUGGAAAUGGAGGCGGUGGUGGAGAUGGAGGUGACGGAGCCAGUGGUAGUGAUGCUGGCAAUGGAGGAAAUUGUGGUGAUGGAGGAAAUGGUGGUGUUGCUGGAGAUGGUGGCAAUAGUGGUGAUACUGGUGAUGGAGGUGAUGGUGGAAAUGGUGGAACUGGUGGAGAUGGAGGUGAUGGAGGCAGUAGUAGUGAUGCUGGCUAUGGAGGAGAUGGGGGUGAUGGAGGCAAUGGUGGUAAUGCUGGUGAUGGAGGAGUUGGUGGUGAUGGUGGCAAUGGAGGCAACAGUGGUGAUGUUGGCGAUGGAGGUGAUGGUGGAAAUGGAGGCGAUGGUGGAGAUGGAGGUGACGGAGCCAGUGGUAGUGAUGCUGGCAAUAGAGGAGUUGGUAGUGAUGGAGGAAAUGGUGGUGAUGCUGGCGAUGGAGGUGAUGGUGGAAAUGGAGGUGAUGGUGGAGAUGGAGGUGAUGGAGGCAGCGGUGGAGAUGCUGGCAAUGGAGGAGAUGGUGGUGAUGUUGGUGAUGGAGGCAUCGGUGGUGAUACUGGUGAUGGAGCACAUGGUGGUAAUGGUGGCAAUGGAAGCAACAGUGGUGAUGCUGGCAAAAGUGGAAAUGGAGGCAAUGGUGGUGAUGGAGAUGAUGGAGGCAGUGGUAGAGAUGCUGGCAAUGGAGAAGAUGGUGGUGACGGUGGUGAUGGAGGCAAUGAUGGUGAUGCUGGUGACGGAGGAGAUGGUGGUGUUGGUGGUGAUGGUGGCAACGGUGGUGAUGCUGGUGAUGGAAGUGAUGGUGGAAGUAGAGGUGAUGGUGGAAAUGGAGGUGAUGGAGGCAGCGGUAGUGAUGCUGGCAAUGGAGGAGAUGGUGGUGAUGGUGGUGAUGGAGGCAAUGGUGAUGAUGGAGGUGAUGAUGCUGGAGAUGGAGGAGACGGUGGUGAUGGAGGCAAUGGCGGGCAUGCUCAGGAUGGUGGUGAUGGUGGGAAUGGAGGCGAUAGUGGACGUGAAGGAGGCAGUGGAGCUGAUACUGGAGAUGGUGGUGAUGGAGGCAAUGGCGGUGAUAGUGACAAUGGAGGUAAUGGUGGAAAUAGUGGCAAUGGUGGAGAUGGAGGUGAUAGAGGCAGUAGUAGUGAUGCUGGCUAUGGAGGAGAUGGGGGUGAUCGUGGUGAUAGAGGCAUUGCUGUUGAUGCUGGUGAUGGAGGAGAUGGUGGCGAUGAUGGUAAUGGAGGCAACGGUGGAGAUGGAGGUGAUGGAGGCAGUGGUGGUGAUGCUGUAGAUGGAGGAGAUGGUGGUGAUGGUGGAAUUGGAGGCAAACGUGGUGAUGUUGGAGAUGGAGGUGAUGGUGGCAACAGAGGCAAACGUGGUGAUGCUGGCGAUGGUGAAAAUGGAGGCAAUGGUGGUGAUGGAGGUGAUGGAAGCAGAAGUGGUGAUGCUGGAGAUGGAGCAGAUGGUGGUGAUGGUGGCAAUGGAGGCAAAUGUGGUGAUGUUGGAGAUGGAGGUGAUGGUAGAAAUGGAGGCAAUGGUGGCGAUGGUGGAAACAGAGGCAAACGUGCUGAUGCUGGCGAUGAUGGAAAUGUAGGCAAUGGUGGUGAUGGAGGUGAUGGAAAUGAUGGUGGAAAUGGAGGUGACGGUGAAGAUGGAGGUGAUGGAGGCAGUGGUGGUGAUGCUGGUGAUGGAGAAGUUGGUGGUGAUGGUGGCAAUGGACGCAACGGUGGUGAUGCUGGUGAUGAGGGAAAUGGAGGCAAAGGUGGUGGUGGAGGUAAUGGUGGAAAUGCUGGUGAUGGAGGUAAUGGUGGAAAUGGAAGGGGUGGUGGAGAUGGAGGUGACGGAGCCAGUGGUAGUGAUGCUGGCAAAGGAGGAAAUUGUGGUGAUGGAGGAAAUGGUGGUGUUGCUGGAGAUGGUGGCAAUAGUGGUGAUACUGGUGAUGGAGGAGUUGGUGGAAAUGGUGGAACUGGUGGAGAUGCAGGUGAUGGAGGCAGCAGUAGUAAUGCCGGCAAUGGAGAAGAUGGUGGUGAUGGAGGCAAUGGUGGUAAUGCUGGUGAAGGAGGAGAUGCUGGAGAUGGUGGUGACGGAGGCAAUGGUGGUGACACUGGUGAUGGAGGUAAUGGGGGAAAUGGAGGUGAUGGUGGAGAUAGAGGUGAAGGAGGCAGUGGUGGUGAUGCUGGAGAUAGAGCAGAUGGUGGUGAUGGUGGCAACGGAGGCAAACGUGGUGAUGUAGGAGAUGGAGGUGUUGGUGGAAAUGGAGGCAAUGGUGGUGAUGGAGGUGAUGGAAGCAGUAGAGGUGAUGCUGGAGAUGGAGGAGUUGGUGGUGAUGGAGGCAAUGACAGUGAUUCUGGCGAUGGUGGUGAUGGUAGAAAUGGAGGCAAUGGUGGAGAUAGAGGUGAAGGAGGCAGUGGUGGUGAUGCUGGUGAUGGUGGUGAUGGAGGCAAUGGCAGUGAGGCCGGCGAUGGAGGUGAUCAUCUAAAUGGUGGCAAUGGUGGAGAUGGAGGCGAUGGAGGCAGUGGUAGUGAUGCUGGCAAUGGAGGAGAUGGUAGUCAUGGAGGCAACGGUGGUGAUGCCGGUGAUGGAGGGGAUGGUGGUGAUGGUGGUGGUGGUGGCAAUGGUGGUGAUGCUGGUGAUGGAAGUGACGGUGGAAAUGGAGGUGAUGGUGCAGAUGGAGGUGAUGGAGGCAGUAGUAGUGAUGCUGGCUAUGGAGGAGAUGAGGGUGAUCGUGGUAAUAGAGGCAUUGCUGGUGAUGCUGGUGUUGGAGGAGAUGGUGGCGAUGGUGGCAAUGCAGGCAAAAGUGGUGAUGGAGGUGAUGGAGGCAGUGGUGGUGAUGCUGUAGAUGGAGGAGAUGGUGGUGAUGGUGGAAACGGAGGCAAACGUGGUGAUGUUGGAGAUGGAGGUGAUGGUGGUGAUGCUGGCAACAGAGGCAAACGUGGUGAUGCUGGCGAUGGUGAAAAUGGAGGCAAUGGUGGUGAUGGAAGUGAUGGAAGUGGUGGAGGAAAUGGAGGUGAUGGUGGAGAUGGAGGUGACGGAGCCAGUGGUAGUGAUGCUGGCAAUGGAGGAGUUGGUAGUGAUGGAGGAAAUGGUGGUGAUGCUGGCGAUGGAGGUGAUGGUGGAAAUGGAGGCGAUGGUGGAGAUGGAGGUGAUGGAGGCAGCGGUGGAGAUGCUGGCAAUGGAGGAGAUGGUGGUGAUUGGAAAUGGAAGCAAUGGUGGUGA